AUGGCUUUAGCUCUACAGAGACGAGCAAAUGUGCGUCUCCCGCCUGAAGUUAAUAGAAUUCUUUAUAUACGUAAUCUGCCUUAUAAAAUAUCAGCGGAGGAAAUGUAUGAUAUAUUUGGCAAAUACGGAGCUAUAAGACAAAUCAGAGCUGGCAACACACCAGAAACGAGAGGAACUGCUUUUGUAGUGUACGAAGAUAUAUUUGAUGCAAAGAAUGCUUGUGAUCACUUGUCUGGCUUUAAUGUGUGCAACAGAUACUUGGUAGUUUUGUACUACAGGUCUAACAAGGCAUUCAAGGGUAUGGAUAUAGAAAAGAAACAAGAGGAAUUAGACACAUUGAAGAAGAAAUAUGGAAUAUCUUCUGAUGAUUUACGGAAAUAA